AUGGGAAACGGAUCAUCAUCAAAAUAUGGCGGACUGGUCAUACAGACAGACCAAGCUUAUUGUGUCUCUGGCCAGCCCGUAACUGGGAAGAUAGGUGUUCAGAUUAACGAACCCUUUCCAGCAAAGAAGCUUAAAAUAAAAGUAAAAGGGAAAGAAAAAUGAAAAUGGUACGAAAGAAAGUCAAGACAAGUUCAAGAUGGAGAUGAAGUGCGAAUAGAGUAUUACGAGGAUAAGCAUGAUGAGGAUCAUAAAAUAUUUAAAUUUGAAGAAACCCUUUGUGAAUUUGAUGGGGAUUACAUUGAACCAGGCCAAUACAUGUUUCCAUUCAACUUCGUUCUUCCCUCAAAUUGCCCUGCAAGCGCAUAUUAUACAGGAGAUGAAAAGUCAGUUGGAUAUAUCAAGUAUAAAGUUAAAGCUAGUUUUAAGGCUGAAGAUGACACUCCAGUAAAGGACAUAAAAGGAAAAUGCCAUCUUGUCGUUAGACAACUUGCUCCAGGCUCACAUUUUAAUAUCAGAGCAAGAGAAGAAGUAGACAUCAAGAAAUGAUGUUGAUGCUGGUCUAAAGGGAUUUGAAAGCUAGAGUGAUGAUUUGAGAGAAAUGUCUACCAUUCACAAGAAACUGCAAAAGCGAUUGUAAAUGUUGAUAAUUCUGAUUGUGAUGCAGAUGUCGAUAAUGUGGUCAUGAAUCUGAAACAGACUGUUACUCUAAGAACAGAUCAUCACACAUAUCAGAGAACUUUCAAAGUGUUAGAAAGAUUUUUUAAAGGAGUAGAUGACGAAGAGAAGUUAGAAAAUAAAGAAAUAGAAAUUAACCUUGCUGAAAGCAAGCAACCAUUUAAGCAUCAUGAUCAUGAUGAUAUAAAGCCUCUUGAUCAAUCCGAAUCAAUUCUUGCAGAAUAUCUUCAACCUACUACUAAUGGAAAAUGUGUAAAUAUUCAGUAUCAACUUGAAGUUAAAUGCAAAAUGGAUGAUGUGUGAUGCAUCUAUGAUGAACCAAACUGCAUAAUUGAUAUGUUUCUGCAGCCUCCUUGGAUUCCUAAUUUUGCACCAGUUCAGCCUCCAGAAGGCUGGGAUCCUCAAAUUUAUGACACUCACCAGAUGUCCUUACCUUAUCAGAUUGCUAAUCCUGGAAUAACUGAUGUACAUCCGGAGUAUGCUCAGAUGCCCCAGCCACAGUCACAACCAAUGCCUCCUAAUGAUCCUCAGAUGCAGCCUUAUUAUGGAGGAGCUCCUGAUGAUCAUUAUCCUGCUCCAGAUCCUAGCACAGCACAUAACCAAGCUCCUCACUAUGGUCCUGGAAUGGAUGGGCUAAUGAAACAUAAGGAAGAGUCAAGCUCUGGAGAAGUAGAUUCUCAUAUCGGAUCUCACCCGGAUGCCAAACGAGGAGAGGCAGAUGCUAAUGAUAUCCACCUACAAAUGGGAUAGGAUCAGAAUCAGAUCACUUUAU